AUGGAUGUGAUUCACUUGACGCCAAUCGAAUACAUUCAGAUUGGCAACACUGCAAAACACACGCUUGGCAUCAUCCCGUCGUCCUCUGGAAGGCCAGACAAGGUUAUUGUUGGCGACAACGAUGGCGUCCUGACAUGCUUUGGCAUCAAGAAGCAACACCCCGUUGUCCUAUUCAAGACGCUUGGCGGCACGGCAAUAACACGACUGGAGAUGCUUGGUGACCGCGCCUUCGUCGCUGCUGGGUCCGAGGUCCGCGGGUACAGCAAGAAGGGAAAGAACUUCUUCACAAUGACGACAUACAUGACGGAGGCCAUCAACGCAAUGUGCCUGCGUGAUGGACACAUUCAAGUGGCUGGAGAGUAUCUGUACACGCAUUUCGUGAACAAUAAGGACGAGCAUUCGUACAUGGCAUCAGACACCAUCAGGGACAUGGUUGCCAUCCACCUUCCGAGCCAGCACGGCGCACCCACUGCUAGCACGAAACACAAGCUCCCGGUGCUUGCCUGCUCUGAUCGCAGCCUACGAGUGCUCGAGGGGUCGCGUGUUGUGGUGUAUGCGGACCUGCCAGAUGUCCCCGAGUGCCUGUGCUGCUUCGACGACCCCUCGUCCUCCGUCAAGGGCACCGUGCUCGUCGGCGCGGCGAAUGGCACGUUUGCCAUGAUCGAACUCGGCAGGGACGGGUUUGAGGUGGUAUGGGUGCACCGGGGCCUGGAUCAGGCUGCCUCCGUGACGGCGAUUGCGACGUACGAUGUGAUGGGCAGCGGAACACCAAACGUGCUGGUUGGUCGAAGUGACGGUGCUGUGGAGGUGUACACCUUUGAAGAGGACGGCGAAGUGGACACGGCCGGCCCGCCAACACUCGUCCACAAGACGAGCGUGGGCUCCACGAUCACGUCCAUCGCUGGUGCGCGUGUGUCGAGCAGAGACCACGCCGAGGUUGUUGUUGUGACGUACUCUGGGCACGUUGUUGGCCUCUCGUCGGACCCGGCCCUCGCAUCGGCAGAGAGCAGACACGCCGCACACGCCUCAGACGUCGACAAGAUGAACACCCUGAACCGGGAGAUUGCUGCGUUGGAGGAGCAGCUUGCCUCUGCAACAGACGCGGCGACACAGCAGUCAUCAUCAUCAUCAUCAUCGAAAGAAGCGCUGCCGUCCGCCAUGCCCGAUAUCGACAUCCUCUGUAACUUUGAGCUUCGAAGCCAGCUCGCCAGCUAUCUCCUCUCCAUCGAAACCUCCGUUUCAAUCGACUUUGUUCUCCUCCAGUCGAAUGUCCCGCUUGAUCUGCUUGACGUCAGCCACUCAAAGGCCGUUGCGUCCUUCACCAGCGGCGGCUCCGAUGGCAGCGCGGUGCUGGCCACGUACCGCUGUGAGGACGGAAUCACAAAACUCGAUGUCCGCCUGCGCUCGAUUGAGGGCCAGCACGGCACGUUGAAUGUGUUCGUGGUCCCGCGCACGAAACCGAAGAUUGCACACAGGCGCGAGCUGCCGAUUCGCGCGCUCGCACUGCACGAACGCUCGCUCAAGCCCAUCGACGACGCAAACCUUGUCAACAAGUUGGAGAUCAACGGGUCGUUUGCUCUCGCUGACGUCCACUCCUGGCUCGCACAGUGUCUCCCUGAGGUUCCAUCGCGGCUGCCAACGUCGCCCUCCGUCUCGUACGCGUUCCGCUCCACGUUCAUCGGCACCGCCCUCACCUGCACGCUCGCGACAAUCUGUCCACUCUCGCCAAAGUCAAGGACAUCAUUUAGCACAGCGCAACUGCACGCAACAAUCACAUUGACAGAAGAUGUUGAUCCGCACUCGUGCGUGUAUGUGCUGGAGCGCUUGGCGCCGAAACUCGAGCACCAGAUUGAUCUCAUGCGAAAGGUCGAAAUCAUCCAGACCCUCAAGGAAUUGGAGACGCAGGAGGGCGGACGCGAAUCACUCUCGGCGGAAUACCGCGCCAUCCUCGAGCACGCUGCUGAGUUGAUGGCGGAGUACGAGAGCCAGCCGUGUCAGCUGGAACGCCUCUACGGUGUCGUCACCGACCUCUUCAUCGACAAAUGCAAAGCCCUCGGGUUGAACGGCAAGCCGCAUUUGGUGACGCUGACGGCGAUAUUGGACAACUACGACUUCAACAGUCUCAUUGACUUUUUCGAACACGAAAUCGAGUAA